AUGACUUGCCGCGUACGUGGUACACACGGCCUGUACGCGAAGCCGUCGCGUUGUCCGGCCGCACUCCAUUCGCCGAACACUCCAACGUUCCCGCCGGUGCUACUAGUGCUGGUGCAGGAGCGAUUGAUACCGGUGCUAGUGGUGUUGAUGCCCGGUGACCAGCCGAAUGGCAUCAUCGACGUCCGGCCAGAACUUUUGACUUCCGCCGUUCGAUCUCUGAUAUAA